AUGGAGUCUGCUGUUGUAACUUUGAGAUUCAUAUUUAAAUCAGAUUACUACAAUGGACCGGUCACUGCUUCAGUGAGGUGGAUGAAUUAUGAUAAUAAUGUCCAGACACCCCAAUUAAAUUAUGAAAUUAACUUAAAGCAACUCAGUAACAUAGAAUUCAUCAACGAUCUAACAAUUACAGUUCCACCGAAUUCUCGGAUUUAUUUUCAAUUUGUUGAAAAAACUCCAUUCGAGACAAAAUUUUAUCCAAUCUCCUCCUAUCCAGUCAAAACAUCAUUCCAAAACCCGAUAGAAAUAUUAGAAACAGAACCCAGCCGAACUCCAAAUCAGUCUAGAACCGUUUUAAGAUUCAAAAUGAAUUAUUAUACCUAUUUUGGCCAAAAUUUAUAUAUUAUUGGCUCCACAAGAUCUCUUGGAUUUUGGGAUCCAAAAAAUGCGCUUCCUUUAUCACAUUCUGGCUCAAUUGGUUCGUCAAAUAUCGGUCCGAACGGUCUUUUCAGCGAUAGACGCUACAACUGGCAGGGCGAUCUCGUGGUAGACUGCCUGCCACCGUCGCUCACCUACAAAUACAUUUGCUACGACGGGACAAGUUUUGUCGAAGAACCAGAGUAUCGAACGAUAACUCUCGGCGGCGCCGGGGGAAUUAUAGAGCUUAAUGAUGUCUGGCGUCUCAAGACAAUAUCAUCUCCAUUAUAUUCAACAACAUUUUUCGCAGAUACGAUUUUCAAACCUUCCGUCAUCAACGACGGCAGAAUUACAACAUCGCAGAACGAAAACAUCAAGUGCUUCUUCAGAGCAAACGUUGCAGGCCUCGGACGAGACAGAAAAUUACGAAUUGUAGGUUCAAUUCCCGAAUUAGGCGAAUGGAACGAAACCCGCGGCCUUGACCUUGCAUCUCGUGUCCGGCCGCUCCCAGACAACUGGCCUGUGACCGAAUCUCUCGGAUGGAGCAUAGAAGUCGAAAUUCCAGCAUCGAGAUUUCCUUUUGAAUACAAAUACAUCGCUCCAUCAGCUGCGAAUACUGGCAGCGCGCUCUGGGAGAUAGGAGAAAACCACACAGCGUCAGUCAGUUCCGGUGUAAAAUCUGCAACAUUUGACAAUUGGCACAUAAACUUCCCAGACCUCACUUUCCACGGCUCAUCCAUCUUCUUCUCCUUCAAGUCGAUACGCUGCCAGUCCCCCGUCUGCUCGUUCAACGUGUUUGCGCAGAUCGGACAGUGGGCGUCGCGUUGCGGCUUCUCCCACAUACAAGUCGCGGACAUAUUCGAUACAAGGGCCAUGUCCGGACAGAUGGAGAAGCUCCCCGUCUCCGGUUUCGCGUUGAAUCCGCUGUUAUUAUCUCUGGCUGAGUACGGAUUCGUUCCUGGCUCUGACGAUCCGAACGUUCUGUACGUGGAGAAGAUAAACUUCUUGGAAAACAGGGUCUUUCCAGCAAAAAUUUCGGAGAUGGAGGCAAAUGUGGACAAAUUCAUCGAAGAUAACCUUUUCUGGCUUGAGGAUUACGCGAAAUUAUGCGAAUCAGCACGUAGAUGUGGUUCUGCAGCCAAAGCAGCCAAUAUUCAGAAUUCUGAUCCGAAAUUCAGGAAAAUUGUCAGAUUUAUUCAAUACUUAUGCUAUGAACAGAUCAAGAAUGCAGUAAAGUUCUGUCGCGAGCUGCAUAUUGCUGUAGGACUCGAUCUUCCUUUUGCUUUGUCAGAAUUUUCAGCCGAAGCACGCUACAGACAGUAUCUCUUCCUCAGAGAUUGCAAGCUCGGCACUCCUCCAUCACAGAACUCCCCAGUUGGCUCAGUUCUCCCAGCAUUUCCAUACAAUUUCAAAAAUGUCGGCUGCCACGACUGGAUAACCAACAGAUUGGACUUCUUUGGCCGGCUAUUCCCAGCCAUCAGACUCGAAUCCACCGUAAACUUCUUCCGCCAGUGGAUAAUUCCGACAGAUCGCUGCGUCAGAGCUGUUUUUGGCCGCUACGAACCCUCUGUCUCCAUCUCCUGUGCGGAACUAGAGACAUGGGGCCUCUGGGAUGUCGAGCGCUACUCCAAAGCUUACAUCCACUCAGAUGUCCUGGAAAACCUGUUUGGAGACGACGCCAGGGCAAUAGAAGAGAACUUUCUGUACAGACUUCCAGACGGAUCUCUCGCUUUCAAGCAGGAGUUUUCUUCAGAGAGGCUUCUAGUUGACUCCCAAAUCAACGGAUACGCUCUGGAACUUCGAAAUCGCCAUCUAAAGAACCUCCUCCGUCUUCAGGGCGAAGUUCUCCUCAUCAGGAUUGGAGAUGGCGACUUCAUGCCACGUCCUGCUCUGAACAUCGCUCCUGACGAGAAAGGCGGCGCAUCCAUUUCUUUCUCAGCUCUUCCGCCAUACGAACAGAACGCUCUUCUGAGGCUUCUGAAUGAGUCAACACAGAACAAACAGAGGCCUCUCUGGGCAAGUUCCGGCAGAUCCAUUCUGAGCAGGAUGAUGAGUCAGCAGCACUGUUUAGUUUUCUCCGACGCUGCAGGAGUUCACGGAGAGAUCUGCGACGACGUGAUACAGAAGCUAAACAUUGUUCCGCUGAGAGUUCAGACAGAGGGAAAGUGCGGAAACACGUUUGACGACGUGAGGUCAUAUCCAUUCUUUUCUGUCGCAGCUCCAGCGAGGAACAGCGACCCUCCUCUGAGCCAGAUGUGGGACAACGGGAGGAUAGAGUGCCGCCGCCUCUGGGAGGAAGAACUCUGGGAGAGCGGCCAGGCGCCUGUCUCUUUCGGUCCGAAUGUCGCCAGCACAAUAAUGAGGCAGCACUGCUGGAGUGCGUCUAUGCUCACGAUGUUUCCUAUUGACUGCUUGCCUGGAUCUACUGUACACAUUGUGAGGAGCAAACUGAGUGAAUACGGAGCACUGGAUGUUGCUGCUUUUGUCAAUGACCAGAAGGCAGAAAAGGAUAUCAAAGAGAUCCUGGAACAGACAAAAAGAAUCAAUUGA